AUGUGGUUAUUCUUCCCCACUAUAUCAGUGAGUAUCUUUUCGGGAGGUGGUUCUUCAGAAUCACUUUCUAAUGAGGCAAGAGAUUCUGCCGAACUUGAGUUAUUUGUAGUCAUCGUAAGGACAAGUGGCAUCCAAAUUAGUACAGAUCCGUUCGUUCAUUUUGGCUUCGCCUUUGGCAAUAUUUUCAAAGCGGAAGGCGGUCACGCUGAGAUAUCUUUAGUGCUAGGAGGAUACAUUAGUCAGCAAAUGUCAGCAACGGGAGGGACGUUCAAACAUACCGGCUGCCCAAAAAAUGAUAAUACUGAAACCCAAUUGAUUCACAACAAAAUGUUUGCACUCAGGAGAAAGGCAGUUCAAUCUGCCGAUCGAGUUGGAAGAGUAUCUACUCGAGUUUCGCGACGAUGGUCCUCGGCAGAACAUGGAAAGACUGGUGAUGAGGUCCAUCACUUCGCUGGAUCGAGUACAGAACAUGGGCAUCAUCAUGCUGGUCCAAAAAACGAGUCGUUUGGAGCUAGUUUCUUCGUUGUUCUCGCGGCUAUCCCCAUCUCGAUCGGAUUUUACCAAUACGCCCAACCAUCCGCCGACGGAACUCUCUCUGGCCUCACGAGGUUGAUCCACAACUAUUCGCAAUAUAAGGAGAAAUGGGCCGCAAGAAAUAACCUGCACGUUUCUAUGAUCGAGCAAGCUGCUUUCGAUCGCAACCUUUUCCAGAGUGACACAGGCAGUGCACAUAUCAACCUUAGAUUCCCCGAACAAUUCAACACUGGAUCACCAUGGAAUGUACCAGCAGGCCAUAGAGCUAGGAAUAUGGACCAGUUGGUAGCACAUUAUGAGAAAUUCAAGAAGGAAAGCGAGGAGAAGAAGCGUUUGGAGACCGAAAUAUAA